AUGUUCAUUGAGACGCAGCGCACUGAAGGAGUUUCAACCAGCGACGUUGUUUGUCGAAUUAUUCGAGACUAUGAUAAAUACGUGCGUAGAAAUCUUCAAAGGGGGUAUUCUGCGAAGGAACUGAAUGUCGGCUUUCUUGCGGCAAGCAAGUAUCAAAUACAAAACAAGGUCGACAGUCUGAAAGAAAAAAGUUUGGAAUUCAUUAGUAAUUGGAAAAGUCGAUCGGAUGAGUUCAUACGGGACUUUUUGGAUACGUUCCAUCGCGAUGGACGAUUGAAUGCAUUUGGUGGACGUCUGAAGGAGCUGGUAUCCCGAUCUCCAUCACCGACUCCUGAAGGAUUCAGUUCAGUUGAAGACCAAGAUGAAUUAGAUGGUGCUCCAGAGUACGUAAAACGAGCGUACUCAUCGAAUGGAUCAUCCGGAUCGUCUCCUCGUAGUUGCUAA